CAUCUAGUCUCACUUGCUUUUUUCUCUGUCUGUCUGUCUCCAUUCUUCACUCUUUUUCUUUCAUUCUUACUCUCUAUCUCUUUCUUUUGCUCUCUCUCGCUACCUCUCUUUUCCCCUUGUAUAUCUAUCUCCAUUCUCUUCUUGCUCUCUCUCUCUCUCUCUCUCUCUCUCUCUCUCUCUCUCUCUCUCUCUCUCUCUCUCUCUCUCUCUUUAAACCCCUCCCUCAUUCUCUGAUGCUAAACAGAUUACAGAGGAUUCGCUUAUUUAAAGACUUCCUCCAUAACCCAUGUAUCUUACAAAUCUCGCCUAAACAAGCUCAGAGAUCAGAUCUUCUUUCUUCACUCUAGUUUUUACCUCAGACGAGGAGCCCCAGCGAGAGCUCCACACACACCGGCCACCAAGCUGUCUCUGCGUCUGCUUCCUGCCAUCAUCGUGGACAACGACGAGGACGACGAUGGAAACUUCACCAAAUGGAUGAGCAGCUACUGGGGACACGGAGGGAGAGACGAGCGGGCUAAAGAACGCAAGAGGAGCUUCAGAAGGUCCAGGCAGUCCACAUGCGACCGUAGAUCUUCACUGCCCUGCAUGUCCCAGCUUGAGGCCAUGCGUCUGAAGCAUACUUCCACUCCCACUCACAUACAGCGGCACGAGGAGGAGAGGGAGAUACGCUCACAUCCUCACGCUCGCCGCGUCUCAUCAGACGAAUACAGAGGGAAGAAAGCCGAAAGAGCAGAGAGUCGCAUCAACACCGUCCCUGAGCUGACCGAGUCUUUCAAGAGAAUGCUGCGCUUCCAUAACCGCAGAGUCCCGGCACUGAACAAGCCAGAUAACACAUGUCUGAUCUGCCAUGAAGAGACGUGCAGAGGCAGAGAAACAGGAAGAGGAGCCCAAGAACUUCACUGCUCCCAUCGCCUCCAUAAAGAGGUGAGGAGGCUGGAUCAGGGUGCUCGUCCACGCAGCCGGAGUUCUGCUGCUGUGUGUGAAAGCAGGACCGAAGCACUGCUCUGUAGCAAACAGGAAGAAUACCGCCUUCCCCGGCAACGUCGCUCUCUACGCCGACAGCGCUGAGACUCUCUGAACAAUCCAAUAUUAAAAUUACUGAAGUAUUAAAAAACAUCUACUUUUAGCGUGUUUACAAUACACACCUUAAGAAAAAAAACAGCUUUCCUUCCUUUUCUCGACUUUCCUUAUGGGGCAAAGCUUUCUGUUCUUUUUUCCUGUCGCCAUAGCACUUAAUUAGUCACACUGAUUCUCUCAGUGUCGAAGAGGUGCGACUUAUUAUUAAGGGUCAAUAAGACAUACAAUAUCAGCUGCAUUUCUAAUAUACAGGGGAGAAAAAGGGAAAAACGGUCCACAUUUUCUAUCCCUUUUUUUUGUGCUUGAAGGUUUUAAAAGCAGCGGUUGUGACUUAAAUUAUAAAAAAGGUUUUAAAAUUAAAUUUUUUUUGCUCAAGUACACAACUACGUACAGUAUACAUGCAGCAAAAUACUUUUUCGACUGUCUGGGUCAUAAAAACUGAAUCAAAAUAAACUAAUUGAAUAAUAAUAAUAAUAAUAAUAAUAAUAAUAAUAAUAAUAAUAAUAAUAGGGGGGCAUGCUGGCUUAGUGGUUAGCACGUUUGCCUCACACCUCCAGUGUU